AUGGUGCAAGCGACUGCAGCCACGUGCCUGCUACUUCCUCCCCUCAUCAUCGCUCGUCUGCUGGCUGCCAACGUCACUGCUGUCUACAGGUGUGCUUUGGUGUGUUUUCAAAGUGCACUGUGUAUGAUGGUGCAAGCGACUGCAGCCACGUGCCUGCUACUUCCUCCCCUCAUCAUCGCUCGUCUGCUGGCUGCCAACGUCACUGCUGUCUACAGGUGUGCGUUGGUGUGUUUUCAAAGUGCACUGUGUAUGAUGGUGCAAGCGGCUGCAGCCACGUGCCUGCUACUUCCUCCCCUCAUCAUCGCUCGUCUGCUGGCUGCCAACGUCACUGCUGUCUACAGGUGUGCGUUGGUGUGUUUUCAAAGUGCACUGUGUAUGAUGGUGCAAGCGGCUGCAGCCACGUGCCUGCUGCUACCGCCCCUCAUCAUCGCCCGCCUGUUGGCUGCCAAUGUCACCGCCGUCUACAGGUACAGUGCGCAGUGCAGUCAGCGUGUUGCUACAGCUACAGUUCUUCCCUUUCUCCCCUACGUUCUCCUCAUUCGUCCCCCAUUCUCCCCGCACUCGUCGCUUAUCCUUCUCUCAUUCUCUUUUCCCACCGCGCUCCCUCUGCACCUUUUCUUUCCCUCCGCCCCCCUCACCCCACCCUGCGCCCUCCCCUCCUCCCAGCGACAUCAACUCAUCUCAUAUUUCCUUUGUUGCCCCCUCAAUCUCCCUGCGUUCUCCUUCCCCCCAUUGCCCACCAGCGACAUCAACUCAGUGUGGCUGCGUGACGCGCGCCCCUACUUCCUGCCAGCCUACUCCCUCGUGCUUCCCUCCCUCUCCAACCAAGUCCCACCUCAGCAGCAGCAGCCAGCGAUCGCAGCAGUGCAAGGGGCACAAGGGGAAGCAGAGAACGGGCCAGGAGAGAAAGGAGAGAAAGGAGAGAGCAGCAAGGGGGGUGAGGGUGGGGGCAGCAGGGAGCAACAGGAGGCAGCAGCCCCUGCACCUGCCAACACCACCAUCGCCCUCAUGCCAUCCCUCCUGGGGUCCCUCUCUCCAUGGCUCAUGGCUCUUCGCCCCUCCCCUGCUGUGCAAGCCAUGGUGAGUCGCUGGGCCCUCAGGGCUUUAAAAGGUUUUAAGUAUGCAGAAGCAGCAGAAGCUGCCAGUGGUUCGGGUGUGUUUUCUGGUUCUGAGAUUCUCAAAAGGGCUCUCAACCAUACCAUGGCUGAGAUGGUUCGGGAAGCGGGGCUUGUGGGAGCGGAGGAGCUUGGGUUGGGUGAAGGUCCGGGUUGGGCAGGAGGCAUAGAUGCAGGUACGGAAGAAGGUGCGGGAGAUACAGGAGAGGGGCGAAGAGGAGCAAGCGUGGGGGUGCUGCCAGAGCAGUUAUUCCCACCUGGGUGGAAGGCAGUGGGGGAUAGGGCAUGGCUGGAGGCGCAUAGGAAGGAGAUAGUGGCUGUGCAGGUGAGGUGUGGGGAGGACAGCCAGGUGCAGGAGAUGUGUGUCCGCGACAUGAAGCUGUGGCUGGAACUUAACUUGUAA